ACUUUCCUGUCUACUUCGUACGUAGCAUGUGCAUUGUUCACUGUGCAGCAGAUAUAUACAAACACUGUUCACGAGUACGUUGUUAUUGCUGUCGCUAGAAGCAACAUUACUGUCAGCGGAACUUGGGAAAGUUUUGUGUGUUGUGUAGUGCAGCUAUCAUCAGCAAAGGAAAAGGGUAAUGAAAUUAUCCAAAGAUGCCUGCCCCAUGUUUUGAAAUCAUAGAUGACAUAGAAGAUUUAAUUUCGUCACAAGACAUUACUCCUAAGGAACGGUAUAGUAAUAAGAGCUCAGUAACUCUACGUGCACGCAAGAGAACAAAAGUACAACCACCUGUCAAAGAAGAACAAAAGCCUGAUGCGCAUCUUGAUAGUGUCAUCCCAGGCACGCAGACUAUAUAUUUGAAGACAUGGGGAUGUACACACAACAGUUCAGAUAGUGAAUACAUGGCUGGGCAACUAGCUGCUUAUGGAUAUCACUUAACAGAUAAUAAGAUGGAGGCUGAUUUGUGGCUGCUGAAUAGCUGCACAGUAAAAAGUCCAGCAGAGGAUCAUUUUCGGAAUGAGAUAGAAGCAGGUCAGAAACUAGGAAAACAUAUUGUAGUUGCUGGCUGUGUUCCACAGGGUGCUCCAAAGUCUGAUUUUCUAUCUGGAUUAAGCGUAAUUGGUGUGCAACAAAUUGAUCGUGUUGUAGAAGUAGUUGAAGAAACAUUAAAAGGGCACUCAGUAAGAUUAUUAGGACAAAAGAAAGAAGGUGGCAAGAAAAAAGGUGGAGCUUCUUUACUGCUUCCCAAAAUACGGAAAAACCCACUUAUAGAAAUAAUACCUAUUAACACUGGUUGUUUAAAUCAGUGCACUUACUGCAAGACAAAACAUGCAAGAGGCGAGCUUGCAAGUUAUUCGCCAGAUGAAAUUGUUGCCCGUGCAGUGCAGUCAUUCAGUGAAGGUGUGUGUGAACUAUGGCUUACUUCUGAAGAUACUGGCACUUAUGGUAGAGACAUUGGAUCCAGCCUGCCAGAGCUGUUAUGGCGAUUAGUACAAAUCAUUCCACAAGGUUGUAUGAUGCGUGUUGGUAUGACAAAUCCUCCUUACAUCCUGGAGCAUUUGGAGGAAAUAGCAAAUAUUCUGAACCAUCCAAGAGUAUAUAGCUUUCUUCAUGUACCUGUACAAUCAGGAAGUGAUUCUGUACUAAGUGACAUGAAACGGGAAUAUUGCAGAGCUGAUUUUGAGAAGGUUGUAGACUUUCUCUCUGAAAGAGUUCCUGGUGUUACAAUUGCAACAGAUAUAAUUUGUGGCUUUCCAACAGAAACAGAUGAUGAUUUUCAAGAAACAGUUGAUUUAUGUAAAAAAUACAAGUUUCCUAGUCUGUUCAUCAAUCAGUUUUUCCCCCGUCCUGGAACACCUGCCGCACGAAUGCGCAGGAUUCCACCACACGAGGUUAAAAAAAGAACAAAACAGUUGUCAGAGCUUUUUCAAUCGUACUUCCCAUAUGAAGGGAGAUGUGGAGAGAUAUGCAAAGUUCUUGUUACAGAACUGUCUCAUGAUAUGAAGCAUUACGUAGGUCACACCAAAGCUUAUGAGCAGGUUUUGGUGCCCAAGCGACCUGAACUUCUUGGAAAGGUGAUAACCGUGAAGAUUAUUUCAACGACUAAGCAUAGCAUGAUAGCAGAACCUUUUGAAGAUGCAGUAGAAGAAAUUUUCACUUCUGCACAUGUGAAGUAUAACUGUUCUACUGAGAAAGUGCCUAAGGAUCUUAAUAACUUAUUACCUUACACACUGUUGUUUGUCAUUUUAGCAAUUGUGGCAAGGAUGAUGUGGUUUACAUUGUAAAUGGCUUUAAAAUAAACAUCAAGCCAAAGCAA